CUUCGACUUCUCCUCCAUCAAAUAUGCGGCUUGCAUCUAUCUUGACCGUCUUAACUGCUGCUAUCACCAUGUCUUCCGCUUCCACAACGACCACCACCAAAGAUGGCCUCAUCAUCGAGGUCCUCAAGUCUGUUGAGAGCAACCGCCGCACCGCCAAUGGUGAUACUGUCCAGAUGCACUACCGCGGCACCCUAGCCGACACUGGCAAACAAUUUGAUGCCAGCUACGACCGUGGUACUCCGUUGGGCUUCACGAUUGGUAAAGGCAUGGUUAUCAAGGGCUGGGAACAAGGUCUCCUUGACAUGGCCGUCGGCGAGAAGAGAAAACUCACAAUCCCACCAUCUUUGGCCUACGGCAGCAGGGGAGUCGGUCCUAUUCCCGGAGAUGCCACCCUUAUCUUCGAGGCGGAGUUGAUGGAGAUCUCGAAGGGCGAGCUUUAAA